AGGAGAUGCUAUUUCUGUAGCUAGCGGAACCCACGGGCAGAGCCUGAAGUGACCCGUCAGUGUUGUGUAAUGUCAGAAGGCUAUAGGGCGUCCGGACUCUAAGCAGCUGUCAGCGGCCUCACUUCCUGCCGCGCCCCCUCCAUGCUGCCGUCUGUCCGGGAUGCUGGGCUGCCCGCUGCCCCGCUACCGGCUCCUGGACCUGGGGUUCGCGGUGUGCGGGACCGUCGCCUUCCUAGUGGACCUGGGCUCGGACGCGUGGAGCGCGGUGUGGUACUACCGGGCGGGGGACACGGUCUGGGCCGCCCUGUAUGUCGGCCUCUACCUCCUCUCGUCCUCCGUGCUGCAGGUACUCAGCUGGGGCUGGUUCUGGGUAGACUGGAAGUACUGGAAUGGAAAGCCGAGCGAGGCACCGGAGCCUGGCACUGCUGGCAACCGGGCAAUCCUGGAGAAUGCAACAGGAGGGGCUGCAGGGGCCUGUGGUGACCACCGGACCAGCAACGGGGGAGUGAUACACAGCAAUGGCACCAAGUACCAGGAGGAUGCCAGACAGGGCACAGCUGCCAGUGUUAUGGAUGCGGUGCCAAUAGACAAGGCUGUGUCAGAAAUGAGUGACUUGAGCUGUGAGACAUCUGGCCCACCUGAACCAUGUACAACUCAGGGAUGUUCUGGGGACAUUCCACCUCAGGACAACCGGACAUCUGCCACCCUUGAGGAGGGUGCCAUACUCUGCCAUGGCUGUACACACCACAGUGCUGGGGGCACCGAGGACCAGCCACUGGUGAAGUGCUUCUAUACAUCUAAACUCAUAUUGUGGCCUUCAUGCUUCACCCUGCUGCACGUUCUCCAGCUGGGGUACCUGCUCAGGUGUAUACAUUCACUAGAAGUGGGCAUCGCUGCAUACAGGAAACCAGAUGAUAAGCAGUUUAAGGACUACGCUUACUUCCUAACCCACGACAUCAGCAUGAUGCGACUGAUAGAGACUUUCCUAGAAAACACGCCUCAACUCAUCCUGGUGCUCUAUAUCAUCAUACAAAAAGAAGCAAUAGAGACUUUUCAGUGUUUCAGCAUUUCCAUGUCAUUUAUCUGUAUCAGCUGGGCCAUUUUGGACUACCAUCAAUCAUUGAGACUGUUCCUAAAAGGAAAACUGAAGCUUAGCAACUUCUCUUCGGCCAUUUACUACUUAUGGAACUUUUGCCUGAUUUCGUCACGCAUCCUCUGCAUCACACUUUUUACAGUCACCUUCCACUGGAUGGUUGCUCUGCACUUUCUUCUUCUCUGGUCAGUUUUCUUUCUGUGGGCCACUCUGCAGAAGACAACAUUUAUGAAGCACAAAUGCCUGGAGAUUGUCUACAGGGCUACAGUGGCCAUCAUUCUUUACUUCUCAUGGUUUAACAUUGCUGAUGGAAGAACCAUCUACAGAUGUAUUGUAUACACUGUGUUUAUUGUCAUAGACAGUGUGGUACUUGUUGUGUCUUGGGUACAAUUUAGGUUCCCAUCCAUUUUGGAUGAGUAUGAAACGCAUAUUAUUGUGACUAAUAUGGUAUUUCUUGCUGUAGGUGUUAUUUUAAGAGCGCUUUAUUACAAGAAUCUACACCCCACUGUUCUUAGCGAAAUAAAACAGUACUAUGAUGAACCAGAUGGCAUAGGGGCAAAAACAAAUGGGAGGUUACUUUCAGCAGGUAAGACGGGGCAGCCGACUAAUCGCAGAAUGAAGUUUUUGGCAGAGCAAAUAUGCUAGGAACAUUGGCAACAGAUCUGUACUAUAUAUUCUAU